CCAAACAAUUCAAGAGAAACCACUAAACUUUUUGAGUUUCCAAAGUUUUUGGAUAACUUUUCCCUUCCUUUUUCCUUUCAAAAAAUGGCUCCUUCCAUUUCCAUUGAUUCCAAUACAAACAUGAAUUCAGAAACAGAAAACAAGAACAAGGCCAUAGUGAAAACUCUGUACAAGGCAUUAGCUUGUACAUGUGGUGACAGUCCUAAAAACGUACUGGGGCCUAAUAUUUGCUCAUAUAUUGCCGAUGAUUUAGAAUGGUGGUUUCAUGGACCACAGAAUUGUCAUUAUAUGAUGAAAAUGCUCACUGGAGAAUUGUCAAAUCAGAAUUGUUUCAAGUUUGAGCCAAGAAGUGUUGAUGCAAUUGAUGAUGAUCGUGUGAUUGUUGAAGGAUGGGAAGGUGCAAAGGCUUAUUGGGUACAUGUUUGGACAUUGAAAGAUGGUGUUAUUACUCAGUUUAGGGAGUAUUUCAAUACUUGGCUUACUGUGACUGAGUUGAGGCCUAUGGGAUGGGUAAGAUCCUCUACCACGUUGUGGCAGAGCCACCCUCGAGACCUCGCGAAGAGGUCAUUACCGGGGCUUAUGCUAGCCAUUUGACGGUGGUGAAUGGAACGAGGAAAACACUUACUCAUAUGCGGAAUUUACACAGGAUCACAUCAUUUAAUCAUGGUUAGGUGAUAAAGAAAUAUAUGUAAAAAGACGCAUUCUACUGUGAUUAAUUGAUGGCAACAUUAAAUAUGGUAAGUGUUUUAUAUGGUGAAUGCAUGUUUUAUGUAGUAUAGCCCAUUAGGAAAAAGAAGCCAACGACUGAUUACCUUUUUCCCUUUCCUAAAUGUGAAAAAUGGAAAUGUAAGAAGUUUGGUUGUAUAUCCAACUGAUUAUAUAUGGAAAUAUUGUACGUAUGAA